AUGGCAUCUAAUGAUGGUCUGGAGUUACGAAUCGAGAAUAUCGAUCAGAACAAGGAAUCAACUACUAGCUCAACAUUAUUAUCGCUACCUAUACGUCAAAUAGCAGUAAGAGAAACAGGAGAUCCGACACUAUUAAAAAGUCGUCAACAUAAUGCAUCGUCAUCUUCGAAUACUAAUGAUACGGUAACAGUUGUAUCUAUACCGAUGAAGAAAUCACGCCAGUUUAGUGUCCAAAAUGGUGGUACAAUAGAUAUAGAUACAGGUAACUAUCUUCGUUUUCAUCGUGCACGUCGUUUAGCUUUUUGGUGUUGUGUUGUAUCGUUUUUACUUGACAUUGGUCUUGGUUUAACGGCAUUUGUUAAUUGUAUACGAUCGAAAUCUUUUCUUGGUUUUUCAUAUUCUGUUGAUACAUUAAUGGAUUCAUUGUGUACAGUCUUUGUCGGAUGGCAUUUAAUGACACCAUCAAUCAAUGAUAUUCAUCGCCGUGAUAAACUUGCUUGUUGUGUUAUUGGUGCUUUAUUUAUUGGUUCAUGCCUUGCUAUUGAAACUCGUGCUAUACAAAGUAUGCUAUUAGCAAAAUCUGCUCAGCCUGAUAUUGUUGUUUUUUCAUAUUCAUUGAUACAUGUUACUGUUUUUACUGUUUUAUCUGUGGUGAAAAUUUUUAUUAGUAAACAAAUUAAAUCUGCAGCAUUAAUGGCUGAUGCAAUAAAUUCUAUCAUCGGUCUUAUAAUGUCAUUUCCACAUUUAUUUUGGGAUCGUGUAACAUUUUUCAAUAAAUUUGCACAUCUUGAUGAUCUCGUACAAGUUUUAAUGGCAUUAUUUUUAUUUCUUGCUGGAUGGAAAUUAAUUUUAGAUUCAAUAACAACCAUGAAUAUUGAAUAUGCAAGAAAUUUACGUGAAGGAAAACUACAACGAAUGUUAAAAGAACAUAAUGAAGCAAUUGAUACAUAUUUUGAAGCUAUUGAUGUUGAUAAUCAUAGUUUAUCUAUAGCGCCGAUUCCUGGCUCGCGACGUUUUUCUGUUAUAUCGAAUAUUUCACGAACAUAG